AUAAGCAUGGCAAGCUUAUGAUUCAACACAACACUUUAACUAACAUGGACAAUAAUCGUAAGGUAGUUCUAAUCACUGGCUGCGGCAAGGGUGGCAUUGGCUACGAGUACUGCAAAGCCUUUGCUGAGCAAAACUGCCAUGUCUUUGCAUCCGACAUCCCUCAUCGCCUCAAUGACAUGACCGACCUCUCAUCUCAAAACAUUGACACGCUUGAGCUCGAUGUCACAUCCGACCAAAGCGUAGCCUCAGCUACCCAAAAAAUCAUAUCCAAGUGUGGCCGAAUCGAUGUGUUAAUCAACAAUGCUGGGAUAGGAAGCACAGGACCACUGGCCGAGCUCUCGUUAGAUGAGGUUAAAAAGGCUUAUGAAAUCAACACAUUGGGCGGGCUAAGGCUUGUCCAACAAGUCGUGCCUCACAUGGCCUCGCAACGUAGUGGAAUGAUAGUUAAUGUGGGAAGUGUUGUUGGGAAUGUGUCGACACCUUGGGCUGGGUCUUACUGCGCUAGUAAGGCCGCUGUCCACUCCAUGACAAACACGUUGCGCCUCGAAUUAAAGCCAUUUGGGAUUAACGUGGCGCUAGUGGUGCCAGGGGCGGUGAAAUCGAGUUUAGGAAGUCAUAAUAUGGAGAAGUUGGCAAAUUGUGACUGGAAACUUUACGGGGAGUAUAAAGAAGCGAUUGCCGAGCGUGCUGGCGCUUCCCAAGGUGGCAAAGCGACCGAUGCUACGAUUUUUGCUAGACAUGUUGCGAAGAAAGUAUUGAGUCCAAGACCGCCUAAGCAGAUUGUGUUUGGUCACAUGACUGGUUUGUUUGCUGUACUUUCAUGGUCUCCUCUUUGGGUGAGAGAUCAGUUCUUCACGAAUCGAUUUGGCCUGAACAAGAAGGUUUAAGGCUAUACUUGGGUUUGUGUCUGUACUAGUAUGUCUUCUUAUGAAGAUCAUCAUAUCCCUAAUAAUUUGUUUGGUUGGUUUGGGAUUUUAUGUCUUUUUUGUAACCAUUUAAUGUGUAACAAGUUUAGGUACACAUUGUCCUUGUUACCCAUAUAAUCAAAAUAUAUAUAUAUAUAUAUAUAAAGGAAAGAAAAGGGUUCGAAGACAUCUUUC